UCAUUUCUUUAAAGCUAAAGCUAAAUUAGAAUACCAGAAUAGUUUUCCAAGUGUGAUUGCAAGUAAUGCUCCCUCCGUUCACAUGCAAAACAGAGUACCUGAAUUUUUCCAAAAUCAUAAACUCAGCAUCAAUGUCGCUUCAAAUGCAAUCACACUCUCUACUUUCUUUCAAUUUCAACAAAUCGCAAAUCCUCACGAAAAUACACCCCACGUCACUUUCACGCACCCCAUUCACCAUUCGAGUCAGAAGCUCAACCACCUCGCCACCGAUAAAUCCACUUUCUUCGCCGUCGCUGGUCGCAUCAAUACUACCCACUCCGAUUUCGAUAAACCUAGGGUUUCGUCCGACCCCUGAAUUGGGUCUUUUCUCUCACUUGUUAGUUCUCUCCAUGGCAUUUGGUGCAUUUUUCUCCGUGGCAGUAAUUUCAAUUCCAACAUUAAUGGCUUUUGGUAGAUUAGGAGCUUCUGUGAAGAAAUUGUCCAAUGUUGUUUCUGAGGAGGUACCUGGAACUUUAGCUUCUCUCAAUCUUUCUAGUUUAGAGCUCAAGGAUUUGACACAACAAUUAAGCAGUCUCAGGUCGUGAUAUCCGACUCCUGCUAGAUCGUGACUCGAUACUGGAACAUGUGGUUGCACUCAAUAACUUUCUAUUUUUAAAUUAUCAUUUGUGUUUCUGUCGUGCCUGUGUUAGUAUUUUAAAGAUCUUUGAUCAUACUGUGCAAAAAUAUUUUAGGCAUAUAGUUUCGGGUAUUGGCAUUGGAAAGAAGGAUGGGAGCACUAUCAGAUCAAGAUACUUUCGCUAGAACAAACCAGACCCGAAGCGUUGAGAACAUUGCUUAGGUGUGUACGUUGUGAGCAUUUUUGUUUAUGAAAUUAUGCUUGCUUGGUUUGAUGCAAAUUGCUGAAUAGAUGUAUGCCCUUUUCAUUCAUAUGAUGAUUUGCAUUUAAGUUACAAGCUGUGUAUUAAAGUACAAUCACAAUAAACCAUUAGGGCUUUUUAGUUUUGAAGCUGCUUUUGCAAAACAAUUAGAAAACCUGCUCUAUGAGGGUCCUAUGUUGUUCCAGAGGUUCAUUAGAUUAUUGGCAUUGAAUAUUGAUUAA